UUGGCCAAAGCGGAAGUAGUCGGACGCCAUUUCGUGGCGGUGCUGCAAGUGGUCGUUUCGUACACACCUGCUGUGACGACAGCGGGCAAACCGCUGUUUUGGUUUAUUUAUUAUUUUUAUUUAUUUUCUCGUUACAAUUGGAUAGGUGCAGAACACCCAACCUAAUGGAAGCAGCGCUCAAUUCGUCUCAUGAAAGCUCCGCGGUGGGGCUGCUGUGCGGCGGGAUGGACCCGCACACGAGCACCGGCAAGCGCAUCCGCAAGCCCUCGCUGCUCUACGAGGACUUCGAAAGCCCCUCGUUGCCGCACGCAAUGCCAGCGGGUCCGCCUGCCCCUCCGCAGCCCGCCAUUCGGGACCCGUCCCGGCUGGGCCGCGCCACCAACCAGCUGCAGUACCUCCAGAAGACCCUGCUCAAGUGCCUUUGGAAGCAUCACUUUGCAUGGCCCUUCCACGAGCCGGUGGACGCUCACAGGCUCAAUUUGCCUGUGAGAAUCCCAGUUGUACACUCCCCUCCAAAAAGUAUUGCAACAGACUACCACAAGAUCAUCAAACAGCCCAUGGACAUGGGCACCAUUAAGAAGCGCCUGGAGAACAACUUCUACCGCUCUGCCUGCGAGUGCAUCCAGGACUUCAACACCAUGUUCACCAAUUGUUACAUCUACAACAAGCCAACCGACGACAUCGUGCUGAUGGCCCAGUCCCUGGAGAAGAUCUUCCUCCAGAAGGUGGCUCAGAUGCCUCAGGAUGAGGUGGAGCUGCCCGCGCCCGCCCCUCGCAAGAAGAGCAGCCAGGGACGCGGCCGAAAGACGAGCCCCAUGCGUGCACAGCAGGUUCAGGCGGUGUCUCAGUCGGCCUACUCUCCGUCCUCCUCGGACACCGGCGAGUCCAUGCCGGCCAAUUCUCCGCAAAUGGUGCUGACCAAGAGCCUGCCUCCGGCCACCAUCAUGGGCCUGCCUCCCACACAGCCCACCACAAAGAAAAAGGGCGUUAAGCGCAAGGCAGACACCACCACUCCGUCCACCAUGGGCUUGACGGUGGGCAUGACGACGGAGGGACACGGACACAUGGUGGGCUUGGGCAAGGGAGGCCACGGCGGGCAGGUCCACGAGUCCCCCAUCAGCGCCAUCUCCUGCAUGGGUGCCAUGACCCUGGAGACGCCACCCGGCAUGGGCCUCGUGCACAGCCCCGGCGGGCCCGUGCUGCUGCAGCCCAUGAUGUCAGUGGUGGGGCGGCGUGUGGGCAGCGGCCGCCCCAUCAAGCCGCCCAAGAAGGACCUGCCAGACUGUGUGCAGCUGCAGCCGCUGCGAAAGGGCAAGCUGAGCCCGCCCUUGCGCUACUGCUGCGGACUGCUCAAGGAUAUGUUGUCAAAGAAGCACGCCGGCUAUGCCUGGCCCUUCUACAAACCCGUGGAUGCCGCUGAGCUCGGCCUGCAUGAUUAUCACGACAUCAUCAAGUGUCCCAUGGACCUUGGGACCAUCAAGAGGAAGAUGGACAGUCGCGAGUACCGUGAUGCCCAGCAGUUUGCCGGCGAUGUACGCCUCAUGUUCUCCAACUGCUACAAGUACAACCCGCCGGAUCACGACGUGGUUGGCAUGGCCCGCAAGCUGCAGGAUGUAUUUGAGUUCAGCUUCGCCAAGAUGCCUGACGAGCCACAGCUGGACCACACCGCUCUGUCCCUAAGUUGCCACCCCACAUCCUCAUCCUCUUCGUCGUCUUCCUCCUCGACCUCCUCGUCAUCCACAUCUGAGAGUGAGCCCAGCAGCGAGAGUGAGGAGAGCAGCCCCAGCUCGGACAGCGAGGAGGAGCGAGCCCACCGGCUGGCCGAGUUGCAGGACCAAGUGUGCACGCAGCUUCGAGCUGUGCAUGAGCAGCUGACUGCGCUCUCCCAGGGCCCCAUGGUCAAGCCCAAAAAGAAGCGUGAGAAGAAGGACAAGAAGGAGAAAAAGAAGCGCAGGAAGCCAGACAAGCGCAGUCGCACAACCAAGAACCGGGCGGGUUCCGAGGAGUGGACCAUGCCCACAAAAAUGCUGACGAGCAAAGCAUCACGGGCCAGCGUAUCGCAGCCCAAGAAGAGCCAAACUAAGAAGAGUAGCAAGAGCAGCAAGAGCUCGAAGAAGCCAUUCUACCCGCUGUUGCCAGCUGCUAUGCUGCCGCACUACGACUCCGAGGAGGAGGAGGAAAUCGUGCCCAUGACGUACGACGAGAAGCGGCAGCUGAGCCUGGACAUCAAUAAACUGCCGGGCGAGAAGCUGGGGCGGGUGGUGCACAUCAUCCAGUCACGGGAGCCCUCACUGCGCGACACCAACCCCGAGGAGAUCGAGAUCGACUUUGAGACGCUCAAGCCGUCCACGCUGAAGGAGUUAGAGCGCUAUGUUAUGACGUGUCUGCGGAAGAAGCCGCGGAAGCUCUACACUGACCAAGCUGUGAAGAAAGGCGGGGUGGUCAAGUCCAAAGAGGAGCUGACCCUGGAGAAGCGUCUGGAGCUGGAGAGGAGGCUGCAGGACGUCAGCGGACAGCUCAACUCGGCCAAGAAGCCCGCCAAACCUAAAGCUGAGAAGGCCAACCCCACCGAGGCCCACACGCAGCCCUCGCGCCUCAGCUGCAGCAGCUCCAGCUCGGACUCAUCAUCUUCCUCCUCCUCGUCGUCAUCCUCCUCUUCGGACACCAGUGAGUCAGACUCCGGCUGAGCUCUCUAAAGUAGAAAAGAGUAAUAAUAAUAAUAAUAAUAUGAAGAAGAAGAAGCAACUCAGGGACUUGGGCUGGCCCAGGAUGCGACACUCCCUGAAAACGGACGACAGAAUCGAGCUCCGUUUUGAAUGUUAUACUUGAAGGAUGCGUGGGGAAAAGAAACGGUUGAAAGAGAACACUUAAUGCCUUUGCUUUCUUCCCGCCUGCUUUUGUUCUUUUUGUUUGUAAAUAGCAUGUGCAAAAACAUGUACGUUUCUUUUAUAAAGAAGAAUUUUAUGAUUAUUUCCGCCAUCCAGAGGAGGACAUGUGGUGCAAGUCUCCUUUGGAUGUAUAUAUUUAUUUAUUUAUUUAUUUGAAAUGUGACAAAUGUUUUUUUCGGCUAAUUCUCUUCUUCCCUUUAAGGACCCUGCUUUUUCUUCAACAUAGUGGACUACGUAAAAGUUGCUUGAGCAUUUAUUUGACAUCCAUCUUAAGGUUUAUGCAUUCGUAUGCCAUUUGUCCUCACUUGUAAGAAAAGUCAGUGACUUUUCUAGUUUAAAAAAAAAAAAAUCUAUUAAAGGACAACUUUGGCACACUUGUAGUAGGACAACUACGUACAUGUUACUAGUGAGGCGAUACCAUACACGUACGCUAUUCUGACGAAGCGCUAGAUGUUUAGUUCACGGUUUUCCUUCACCAGAAUAUCUCUUUUCUCUUGUAUGCCAAAGUUAAUCUACUAGUGAGAACAAAGAGUGUACUACUGCAAGGAUGUGAAGCAAAAUAUUGGAGCAUUUAUGUGACAUGCUGCGUAUAUGAAACACUUGAGAUCUGUGUACUAGGAUACACUUUGUCCUCACUAAUAAGAAAAUUAAAUGCACUUUUAGAACUCAGGUGUGCUAGUAUAAACGACUGUUGUGAGUAAAGUUUGUGCCCCCACUACUCUGUGACAUUUAUGCAUACAAGCAGGACAACUACGUUACCAGUGAGACAAAUCACGGGUGCGCUGGUUGACAUCUAUAUGCUACUAGUAGUCCCAAGCAAAGCGUUAACUAGGAGAAUUGUCAGUUCGGUUAGUUCCCUGUUCGUGCCACUGACGUGAUUGUAAACAUACUUUACAGUUUUUGCCUCCUCUUUGCAGCUCGUUAUCCUACUCGUAUGUCAAAGUUGUCUUACUAGUGAGGUCAAAGGAUACUAGUACAUGGAACUUAAACUGGAUGAUAUCGGAUAAAUUCUCAAGCGACUAUAUGGCAAGCCAUUUCAGCAUUUAAUUGAGCUUACUCGUGAGGACAGUAUACUAAUAAAGCUUAAGAUGGAUAUGAAAGUAUUGAAUAAAUGCUUAAACGAGUUGCCAUGUGGAACGUUGAAGCCGCAAGCGCAGUGUGAAAUUUUUUGCAGAAUUGUUCAUCCCGUGUUACAGAUUCAACGUGGUUUCAUUCCCGGAUUGUCUUCACCGUUACAAGAAAGUGUGCUGAAAGUUCGGCGUUUGUCCAUUCGAAACAUUCACUGUUGGGAAUGUAAAUGACUUCAGCACCACACUGAUUUGUGGAAGUAAUGCUUGUAUAUUCUUAAACGUGUUUAUGCUGUCGCACAAAAACUACUGCAUCGGGACUGCUAUUCUGUUCCCUUAUAGGUGCCCUCGUUCCCCUUUUUUACGCUGUUCUUUACAAUACUUCUCUCAUUCUGGUUUAGCAUCACUUGUUGCUGUUUGCUCU